CGGCUUCACUCUGGGUAGCGAAAAGGGUCGGUUCUUUCAGCCUGUUCGCCAACUUACCUGACUUGUUUCUGCUCCGAUUCUAAAAUCGUUACCGGAGCAGGUCAUGGUAACUGCAUUUUGUUGGUUCAGUUGUACCGAACUUUUGCAUGGGUCAGGUUUUUUUUUUUUUUUUUUUUGUAUUUUAACUGAGUUGCGAAAAUCGCCGCGCGUUUAAUUGGAUGGUGUUUGUUUACGAGUACCUUGUGGGCUGAGAUCACAGGAGAAGAUAAUGCUGUUAGAUGCUUAAGGAGAAAAAAAAUGAAAGGAGUCAUCAAAAACUGAGCCCUGCUGGUAAGAGGAGGAUGGUUUGGGAUCAGAGCGAGAACACUUCCUAGGGAGAAGUGCUUGUUUUACAUGGCAAGAAGAUAAAGAGAUGGGCUCUAGAAAGAGUAUUGGGGGGGGUAGAUGAUGGCAGUCAGCCUUUUUCUGUGUCCUGCUGUUACUGUGCUCCAAAUAAUGGCGUUUCUGCCUGUUCUUUUAAUGCCAAGUCUGUAUUGACUCCAUUAUAAUCCGUUUCAAAAGUAGAUGCGGUUGUGUUAUUUUGGCAAAUAUCCUCAGCGUGGUCCCACCGGUCUUUGUCGUGUUGUCAGAGAUGUCGUUGACUGCACCAGAAUGUUUUUGCAUUGUCAGCAAUAAAUUAUUUCUCGGCAUUAGUUGCAGGGGAAAAAGCAGUACCUGUGGCUUUGGUCGGGGGUGGAUCUGUAUUCUGAUGUGUGUGUCCUCAUCGUAUGUUGAGAGGAAGCUGUUGCGCAGAUUAAGUAGAAAAUGCCUCAGUACCACAAGUUCUGAGAUGUUUAUUGAAGGUAGUAAAGAAAUUAUCUGUGUUAUUUUGAUAGAAUGCUGCAAAGUCACAUACGUGUUACUGGAACACGUGGACGUGCCCGGUGUGAUGGCAGGAGGGGCUUUUAUGCUAAUUGGUAGGACAGAUGUGCAUUAAUACGAACUUUGUAGUGCAGUUAUGGCACAACUGCUUUGUAAAGUUGGAUUGUUCUAACAACCUCUUUGCAGCCCAUCCCGUGGGUCUAACGUGGGCCUUGCGUUAGUGUAGCUUCUCCAGCAGAACAUCUUGGUGCUGAUAAGCCGUGAGAUCUUUGGCGAAUGCGUCUGUGGUUUUGUGAAGCUCCUUCCUAACGUGGAGUGCCAAUGCAGUGAAGUGUGAUCCAGCUGUAGAGGCUGGAACUGGAUUCCCAGGAAUCGGGGAAUUAGCUUCUGGCAGAAAUUUACACGUGGUCAAAACAAGAUACAGAGAUAAAUGGCGUGCUGAAGUUCUCCUCUCGAGCCCUGGAAGGAAUGCAGUGCACUGCAAGAAUAGCUGUCCCCUUAGAUACACACAUCAGUGUGUUGGCUUGUUGUGUGUUUGGAUUAUCUUCAGGCUGUAUACCCGCUUUGGAUUUGGUUUUCCUUAUUGUGAAUUCUAAACCCUUCAAGGAAAUGAGUAGACUGAGAGGCUGUUUUCUGUUGUUCCAGCAUUUCCUUCCAGAAUGAUACUGUUGCAGUGAAAAAACAUUGCUUUAUCUGCUGAAGUCAUCCAAUGAAUCCUGUCCAGUUCGUUUCUUUUAGGCCAUAUUAAAAAGAAACGCAGAGACUGUUGAAUGAAGCGAACUCUGCUCAUCAGCUGUCUUAUAAGUAUUAGGACUGAAGUGAUAGCUUUAGUGAGGUUUGAACCAGUUAUUUCUUCCUCCUGCUUUUGUCAUUCCAUUGAAAAGUUGGUGGUUGGAUACUUUAAUGACAGCAAAUCAUGUUCAAAUUUAUAAGUCUCACGCAUUAACACUUGCUAUGAAUUGUUACUGAGUUUAAGGCGAACUUUUCAUUUCACUUGUACUGUUUGAGACUUGUUAACUGUAGGUGAGAAGAGGGGAUGUGUUUUAUGCUGGUACAGGAGGAUUGCAAAGCAUGCUGCAGGCCACGAGCUCCUGCAGUUGGUCAGUGCAGAUCUGAGGGAGGAGAGUUGCAGAGAUCUGAGGGAGGAGAGUUGCAGCUGUGAUAGUCUGAUGCAGCAUUCCCUACUGAAAAAGCUCUGCAAGGCCUCGCUGUAACACUGACAGAGGGCUCCUUGGUUUGGAAGGAGUCACAGCAUUUUCUUCACGGGGUUCUGCUUGUGGUUAAGGUUGCCAAUGUAUUGGGCGGGAAUCCUCAGGAUGGUUAAAGCUGAUGCGUUGCCAGCGCUUUCUGAAGGUGAUGUCUCCUCUGUUGCUCUCCUGUUUGCAGACCCGAAGUUACCUGAGCUGGCUGAUUUCACUAGUUCUCCACCAGGCCCAAAAGUCAGACCUCAGCCUCUCCGUGAAACGGAUAAUAGUUGGGGUAGCAGGUUGUUUGACACACAUGGGCACGCAGGAUUAUGAAUAGUGAAGACAAUGAAGAGCGGGACAUCCAUCAAAGACUGACAACCCCUCGUAAGGUGACUAGUGCGACCUCAUGACGCUUCUGUAAAAGGCAGAUUCAGCUAGGAUGUUACACCAUCACUGUCGGAGAAACCCUGAACUACAGGAAGAGUUGCAGAUUCAGGCUGCAGUUGCUGCUGGCGAUGUUCACACCGUGCGCAAGAUGCUGGAGCAAGGAUAUUCUCCAAAUGGUCGAGAUGCCAAUGGCUGGACCUUGCUUCAUUUCUCUGCAGCAAGAGGGAAAGAGAGAUGUGUCCGUGUUUUCCUUGAACAUGGAGCUGAUCCCACAGUUAAGGACUUAAUUGGAGGCUUCACUGCUCUGCAUUAUGCAGCCAUGCAUGGGCGAGCGAGGAUUGCACGCUUGAUGUUGGAAUCUGAAUAUAGAAGUGACAUUAUUAAUGCAAAAAGCAACGAUGGUUGGACUCCCCUCCAUGUAGCAGCCCACUAUGGCAGAGACUCAUUUGUCAGGCUCCUGUUGGAGUUCAAGGCUGAGGUUGAUCCGCUCAGUGAUAAAGGUACCACACCGCUUCAGCUGGCCAUUAUCCGAGAGAGGUCAAGCUGUGUGAAAAUCCUCCUGGAUCACAAUGCCAACAUCGACAUUCAAAAUGGUUUCCUGUUACGAUACGCUGUGAUCAAAAGCAAUCACUCUUACUGCCGAAUGUUCCUUCAGAGAGGGGCGGACACAAACUUGGGUCGCUUGGAAGAUGGACAGACGCCCUUACACUUGUCUGCUCUUAGAGAUGAUGUGCUUUGUGCACAAAUGUUAUAUAAUUACGGAGCGGACACUAACACAAGGAACUAUGAAGGACAGACCCCACUGGCUGUUUCAAUAAGUAUUUCUGGAAGUAGCCGACCCUGUCUGGAUUUCUUACAAGAAGUGACAAGACAGCCCAGAAACUUGCAAGAUCUAUGCCGAAUUAAAAUCCGACAGUGUAUAGGCCUUCAAAACCUAAAACUCCUUGAUGAACUACCCAUUGCCAAGGUCAUGAAAGACUACUUAAAACACAAAUUUGAUGAUAUCUGAUAUCCAUGAAGAGAAGAACUCUGAGCAAGAUUAGUUAUAUUCCAGAUACUGAAGAGGCUUGUUGCCUUGCACAAAGUAUAUCCUAUGCAAAUUCUGAUUUUUCUGUGAAGUCAGAAGGCAGGUAUACACUUCCUUGGGUUUUUUAUACCACACGCUAGAAGGUCUUAAUUUUUGGUUUCUUGGUCCAAGUUUACAAGGUCCAAGCUUUCUAUACGAUAUUACAUUUUAAAAGUUGCUGUUGGGUUUUCAUUUGUUUGUUUUCACAUUAAGUGUGCGGACUUGCGGUGGAGAUGGAAUGUAGCCUCUCAAGGGAAGUGACUGGUUUGAAUUGGCAUGCUGAGCAAUUAUUCAACAAAGAGUUUGGAAAUCAAGGCACCAGUCCUGCAAAGGGAUACUGAUAGAGAGACCUUCAGAGCCCUGUUGUCUGUUGGAGCUACCAGGGCGUAUGUUUUUGCAGGAUAGAGGGAAGAGUUGAUAAUCAAUGUGUCAUUGGGUACUGUAUGAAUAUAAUUUGGAAAUUAAAAAAGGAAAAAAAAAAAAAGGGAAAAAAAUGCAGUCACCCUAUUAAAUUUGAGGGUCUAUACAUUGGCUCUUUUAUUUUAUUCUCUUCCUUAUUACUGUAGUUUGGAUGCCCAUAAAAUUCAGGCCCUCUUCUUUCCUGACAUUCCCUGUAAAACGGGCGGCUGUUUGUAAGUCUGUUUUUAGCAGUGACAGUACACUACAAAGAGGCAUAGCCUCGGUAUUUUUUACAUUAACUUAAGAGUAAACAAAGUUAGAUUUCUGAAGCCAAUGUAUUCUGUUUCUCAUACAGUGCCUCCUGUGCAAUAAUCUUUCUGAUGUAUUUUCCCUUUAUGUGUGAUUUUUUUUUCCUCCCCCCCACUAUUCCUCAUUUAGUCUCAGUGCAUUAUUUGUGAGAAUAGGAACUGCUGCCUCACUGUAGUGUUGAUGUGACAUUACUAAAAUGAUGGUGGCAGUUGCUGUUCGUUAUUAAUCCCUGAAUUUCAUGAAUGUAUAACCUGCUUUAUUUCACUUUCAGUUGAAAUUUUAUCUACGGGUUCUCAGCCAAAUUGUGUCCAUUUAAAAAAGAAGAAAUUGGCCAAGCCCUUUUAAUUGUAAAGGCAGUGAUGGAUUUUGUUGUUAUUGCUCUGAAAUUCAAUUUGUUUCAGGUUAGAGAGUGGGAAGUGCACGUAAGCGUUAAGUUGCAUCUUAUAUGUGCACAAACAAGAAAACACCCCCUUCAUAUUGGAAACUUAAAUUUUGCAAACAUGAAGUGGUUUCCUAUUAAUCCGAAAACAGCAACUGAAAGGAGUACUGCAAUUCGGCUACUGAAUGUGUUUUUCAUACUAGGUAUUGAAAAGAUCUGUUAAAGAGCUUUGUUUCUGACCAUAAAAAAUGAAGUUCUUGCUAUCAAAAAAAAAAAAAGAUUGGGCCAAAAAUUGCAGUUGUUUCACUCUCUUUAUUUUCAAGGGAUUAUGGAGUCAUCAUAAGGUUCUUGCCAGUGUCUUCUACUUUUGUUUUGCCAUCCUACUGACUCCAGAAGGGCCUCUCUAAUACCAGGAGUGCUUUUAUACCAAUUAUACCAAUGGAAGCGGGAAGAUGGAAGGAACAAUGGUGGCUUUUAAUUUUAACACUGUCACUUUCAAAAUAUUUAGUAUUAAAAAUAUAAAAAAAAAAAAAGCAAGAGAAGCAGGUAUACUCAUUUAACUGUGCUAGUUCCUUUUAAUAUCUUACAGCCCCGGGUUGCAGUUCCUUGAGCAUGAAUGUUAUCACUGAUAAUGGCUGCACCAGGGGCUAUGGCAAGCACUUGUCUCCCUGUUGUGCCCGACCUUGCAUCAGGUUUCCUAGUGAAAAUAAGUGAUUUUGGAGAUUUAUGACUCAGAGGAUUGGUGAUGGGAUGUUGAACCUUUUUAUCUCCAACUUGCAGUGGUUCAAGUCCAGCUUGCUCGAGCAGUGACUAAAAGUAAAUGUGAGCAGCAGGAGCACGCGUGGCCACCUCUAGGCAGUAGAGCUUGAUGAUGCUCCUGCAGGUGACAUGAGAUGGUGGUGGCACUGUCACGGAGACAAACUGAGUGUGUGGCUGGGGUGUGCGCAUGAGCCCGGGUGCGUGAGGAGUCCUUCAGCUUUUCCCGAAGCAGGAAGGGUCGGCCCUUAGGAUCUUUAAGCUCUGAGACACUAUGGAAGUUAGGAACCGGCAGAUUUGAAGCAUGAAUCUUUGCUUUUGUGACAUGAGAUCAGAACCUUAAAACUGCUUUUUUUUCCUUUAAAUACUUAGCAUUGUUCACUACACUUGUAAGUUGGUCUAAACCAAUAUCCUUCCCCAUUGAAUUUUUACAGUAACAUUUUCUAAGGUAAUCUAGAGUAUAUUUUAGUUGCAAUCUAUAUUAAGGCAAAUUAUUUGUUCUGUCUGUUGCUGUGACUGAAGAAAAUUAUGGAAGACUUUGGUAA